UAGGCCUGCUGGGAGAGGACGAGGAGGAGGCCCUGCCCCUCCAAACGUGGCCUCCUAUGGACACCAAGACUCACAGCCUUCCUAUCACCCACACCCAGCUCCACAGCAACUCUCGGCCCCAAAGCCGCAGCCAGUGCACCUGCACCCACCACUGCCAGACCUUCAGCCAGAGUUGCAGAGAGAGCCAGCGUGGCAGCCGGAGCCGGAGUUUCAGCCAGAGCCCGGCUACCCACCAGAACCCAACCGGAGCCCACAGCUCAUCCGGCUGCCAGAGCCAGAGUCCCAACGCCAGCCCACCACCAAAGCGCCACAAAAAGACCAUGAACUCCCACCACUCUCCCACGCGGCCCACCAUCCUGCACAGCAGCUGCCCCAAGAACAGAAAGAACUUGGAAGGCAAGCUGAACAAGAAAAAAAUGGCCAAGAGGAUCCAGCAGGUGCACAAAACCCAGAAGCGGAGCUCAGGACGGAAAUCCAACAAAUGACACUGCACUCCUUGGCUUGUUCCUGCGUGUUUCACCCAAAUGAGAAACGCUAUCAUGCAUAGAAUGCUAGGAUGAAGUCAAUCUUCUUGCAGGAACAUGUUACUAUGGUGAUUUCUACGCAACACUAAUUAAAGCUUGUACCCUGGAAGACUAUCCCUGAGUAGUCGUUUUAGAGUCAUUUUGAUUUCACUAAUAAAGGCGUUGUGUUUUGGGGGCCUGCACGGGGCAGAAAUGAAUGGGGGUGAGAUGCCAAGAAGCCUGCAGAGUCCACUUUGCUUGGAUAACAAUCUUUUGCCCUGUACACUCCCACAUGGGUGUGUACAUAUGUGGACACAUAAGAUGCGCACAGGUCCAUACUCUAUUCAUGUGAUCCACAUGUAUGUAGCCCAAGGAGACAGGAAGAGGGGUUCAGAAUGUGCCUUUUGCAAUCCAGAGCAUCCUGAGUUUGAAUCCUGGCUCGUCUUUCGUACAUGCUGUGUGACCUUGAACUGUGACCAACCUCUGAGCCUCACUUGCUGAUUCUGUAAUAUAGUACCAACCUCAAGGUUCCUCAAAGCGGCCAUUUCAAUCAACUUUUACUAAGGGACCAAAGACUGUUCAGGGGCUGUGCUGGGCUCUGGGAACAGAACUAGAGAACACACAAGGCCCUGCCCUCAUGGAACUUACAGUCCAAACACAAGACUUGUCAGAAUGAGCUGUAUCAAGGGAACAGGGUGAUGUCAUGUCCCCGUGAGGGAAUGAGCCUGGGUUAGAACUUGUGUUCCAGAGGAGCUGGCAUAGAAUCUGAAGGUGCUGGGACAUGAGCUGGGACCAUCUCACUCUGUCACCCAGGUUGGGGGUUAGUGAUACAAUCAUGGCUCACUGUAGCCUCGAUCUCCCAGGCUCAAGCCAUUC